AUGGCGACGGUGGCGAUAGAGAUCAGGCAAGCGGAGGAGGCGAAGAGCCCGAUGAAGCAUCAACAACAACAACAAGGCGGUGGAGAAGGGCUAAGGCAGUACUAUCUCCAACACAUCCACGAUCUUCAGCUCCAAGUCCGCCAGAAAACCCACAAUCUCCAGCGACUCGAAGCUCAGCGUAACGAUCUCAAUUCCCGAGUGAGGAUGCUUAAAGAAGAGCUGCAGCUUCUUCAGGAGCCUGGGUCAUAUGUUGGUGAAGUCGUCAAAGUCAUGGGGAAAUCAAAGGUCUUAGUGAAGGUUCAUCCUGAAGGGAAGUAUGUGGUGGAUAUUGACAAGAGUAUUGAUAUUACAAAGAUCACUCCAUCAACACGAGUUGCUUUACGUAAUGAUAGCUAUGUGCUUCAUUUGGUAUUGCCUAGCAAAGUCGAUCCCCUUGUGAACCUUAUGAAAGUUGAGAAAGUUCCUGAUUCGACCUAUGACAUGAUUGGUGGUCUUGACCAGCAAAUCAAAGAGAUAAAGGAGGUCAUAGAACUUCCGAUCAAACAUCCUGAGUUGUUUGAGAGUCUUGGAAUAGCUCAACCAAAGGGAGUGUUGCUCUAUGGACCACCUGGCACUGGGAAAACACUGCUUGCAAGAGCAGUGGCCCAUCACACUGACUGCACCUUCAUCAGGGUAUCUGGUUCCGAAUUAGUUCAGAAAUACAUUGGUGAAGGAUCUAGGAUGGUUAGAGAACUUUUUGUGAUGGCCAGGGAGCAUGCUCCAUCAAUCAUCUUUAUGGAUGAAAUUGAUAGUAUCGGAUCUGCUCGCAUGGAAUCAGGGUCUGGUAAUGGUGAUAGUGAAGUACAGCGGACUAUGCUGGAGCUUCUGAAUCAGUUGGAUGGCUUUGAAGCAUCCAACAAAAUAAAAGUUUUAAUGGCUACAAAUCGUAUAGACAUUCUGGAUCAAGCACUCCUGAGACCUGGAAGAAUCGACAGAAAAAUUGAGUUUCCAAAUCCCAAUGAAGAGUCUCGUUUGGAUAUCUUGAAGAUUCACUCAAGGAAAAUGAAUUUGAUGCGGGGCAUUGAUCUGAAGAAAAUUGCUGAGAAAAUGAAUGGUGCAUCUGGUGCGGAACUCAAGGCUGUGUGCACUGAAGCGGGCAUGUUUGCCUUAAGGGAGAGGAGGGUUCAUGUUACCCAGGAAGAUUUUGAGAUGGCAGUGGCAAAAGUGAUGAAGAAAGAGACAGAGAAAAACAUGUCUUUGAGAAAGCUCUGGAAGUAG